UCGGAUCUUUGAAGCUUUUAGACUUUAGUCAAUAUCUAAAAACAUACGAAGUAUCACGUUCCUAUUAUAAUAAUAUAACAACAUUAGCACAAAACUGUUUGUGGAUUGUUUUGUUUUAAAUCUUAGUGUUGUAGAAAUUAUCGAUCAACGAAUAAGGAGGUGAGAAAUGUUACACCGGUUCAAGGACAUCACUAUAGCACUGUUCGCUCUCCUGCAAUGUGUUUCUUUCGUCCAUUCAAUAGAUUGCUUCAAGUGCGUGUCCAUGAACGGCCAGUUCCCGCCCUGUGAUGACCCCUUUCACAAUAACCAUAGCUUAAACAUGCUCGAGGGUCCUUGCAUGGGAGGUAGGAAGGGCAGAGACGGAUUAUUUCCGGCCACUUCCUGCAUCAAAAUGGCGGGUGUGUUUGACGACACCGGCGAGUCCAUAACAGUGCGCGGCUGCGGUCUAGACUCGGGCACCGCCACCACGGACACGGAGAUCAUAAGGAUGUCGCACUGUGGAAGGUUUUACUAUAACGACAGAUACGUCCACGGCUGUCUUCAGAGUUGCAACGAUGCGGACGCCUGCAAUUCUUCGAACACUGAAUAUUUAACAUUAAUAAAUAUAAUCGUGCCCUUUGUUUCCUUGUUAGUAACCAGCUAACAUAUAUGUCAUUGAAUUUAAGUGUAGAUAUACCCUAAUAUUGUUUUAUUUAUUUUGUUAUAUGGCAAUAUUUUUUUAUUUAUAACCUUAUUGUUGGCCGUACUCGUUUGAACCGAAGUCAACUUAGGCUUAGUUUAUAAAAAAUAUAAUACAAGUUUAAACUAAUUGUUGUAAUUAAUUAUAUAUAUAUUUAUUUAAUGGGAAUCUAGUUUUUUUUUGUGGGAAUCGACAAAAAAAACUAGAUGAUAAGACAUAUUUUUUGUAUUUUUACUUGCAAUUUAUACAAACUUUUUUUUUUUUAAUUUUUUAUGCUUGAAACGCUUAAUUUAGCACGGAUAUUUAUUUACUAGGCAUGAAAGAUGCGCUUUAAGUCAUCUGUAUAAUUCUUUUGGCAUUUAAAUUACAAAAUUUUUCAAGCUUACAUACCUCGGAAGUUGAUUUGACAAUCAACAACUUAGUGUUACCUUAAGAGACAUAUCUAUAUAUAUAGUUGUUAAUUUUCAUAGAAAUCCUCUUCGUGUUAAAUAUUACAUGUAAGUAAUAUAUAUAUUACUUUAAACGAAAUAACUGUUAAUUUAAAAAAAACAAAUAUAUAAAAUUAUAUACUCGUAUUAUAAACUAAAUCGUUACAUAUGACAGCACAUUUUUGAUAAUGAAUUAAAGAACACGUAGAAACGUUUAAUUUUUAAAAACAAUUUCGUAAUAAUGCGUAACAAAUAAACGGAUUUAUUGAAAUA